AUGGCUAAUCUGCUGCCCUUCCGCGAUAUCAACGUCCACGCUUCUACGAGCCACUAUGCGUUUACCUCGCCUUCCACUCCCUCCGCGCCAACCUUGGUGGUAGAAAGGCCCUCUGGGGACAUCAGACUCAACGAUGGAUCUCUCCUGGGUGCAAAACGGGUCUCCAGCAUUGCUGGUAUCCUAGGCAUCGUCAAGCUCAAGCUGGACAAAUAUGUCAUUGUCAUUACCAAGGCGCAGCCCAUGGGGAGGCUACGAGGACAUAUGAUCUACAAGGUCGUGGCUACAGAGUUUCUUCCUCUGCGCGAGCGCCGUGUUCACGACCCUGACGAAGAUACCUACCUUUCCUAUCUCAAGAAUCUGCUCGCGACUGGGCCCAUGUACUUUUCGUACUCUCUCGAUGUCACCUCCACCUUCCAGCGUCAAUCUCAGUCCGAUCUUUCACAGCCUCUCUGGAAAAGGGCAGACGACCGGUUCUUCUGGAACCGUUUCAUCCAGACUGAUCUGAUUGAUUUUCGGACUGGAGGUGGCACUUCAGCGGAUGUGAAAAGUCAGCAACAGCCCGGGACCGACCCUUAUAUUCUCCCUGUCAUGUUCGGCAUGUUGGAGAUCAAGCCAGCGAAGAUUAAAUCCAUCAAUUUUACCUUCGCUCUUAUCACCAGGAGAUCAAGGUUCAGGGCGGGUACGAGGUACCUCUCGAGGGGCAUAGACCAGCAAGGCCAUGUUUCCAACUUCAAUGAGACGGAACAGAUUGUGGUGUUGAACGAUGUCUCAAGCCAGCCAACCGGCUACGCUGGGGGCCAAGGGAUGCAGAAUGGCAAAGUUGGAGCUUCAGUAGCAGAGACACAAAUCUUGUCCUAUGUUCAGACACGUGGCAGUGUACCAGUUUACUGGACCGAGAUCAAUGAUCUCCGAUAUACACCGAAGCUCGUGGUAGAUGGGGUCGAAAAUGCUGUUGAUGCAGCUCGGAAGCACUUUGAUGAACAGAUCAGAACAUAUGGCGAGAAUUACUUAGUCAACCUGGUGAAUGCUCGGGGAAGAGAGGAACGGGUGAAGAAGGCUUACGAACAAAUGGUGCGCAUUCUGGUGAAGUCUCCUGAUGAGACCAUUGAACCAGGCCGACAAACCGACGAAAGGUUUCAUGAGAUCAAUCCCAGUCAACAACGUCAACGUAUGGACAAAUUGCACUAUGUCUAUUUCGACUUCCACAAUGAGACGAAGGGCUUGAGGUGGCACCGAGCUGAGCUCCUCCUUGAUGAGCUUCUGGAUGGCUUGAGGAAAGGACAGUACUUCCGUGGUGUUGAGAUGCCGGGAAAUCCUUCAGGUGCUUUGGAGAUAAGGUCGCUGCAGACCGCCGUGGUCCGCACGAACUGUAUGGACUGUCUCGACAGGACCAAUGUUGUUCAGAGCAUGCUGGGGAGAUGGGCUAUAACCCAGCAGUUCCAAGACUUGGGUCUCCUACAACCAGGCGAAAGAGCUGAUGAUGAUCCAUCUUUCGAAUUCAUGUUUCGCAACAUCUGGGCAGACAACGCAGAUGUGGUUUCAAAGUCUUACUCUGGCACAGGGGCGUUGAAGACAGACUUCACCCGCACAGGCAAGCGCACAAAAGCGGGCAUGCUUCAAGAUCUCAACAACUCCACUACUCGGUACGUCCGAAACAACUUCCUGGACGGACCUAGACAAGACGGCUUCGACUUGUUCCUUGGAGCGUAUCUACCCUCGACACACGGUGUCGGAUCUUCAUUGAUGUUCAAAGACCAACGACCGCUCGUCGUACAAGCGGUACCCUAUCUUUUGGCAGCUUCGCUGUUCAUUAUUCUGAUAUCUGUGCUCACACGACAGCCACCGGAGGCCGCGGUCUGGCCUCUACGCAUACUUGUCAUCUUGUGUCUAGUAAUUGCGGGUUGGUGCUUUCGAUUUGUAUACUCACACGGUUUGCUCUACGUCAAUUGGCCCAAAUUGAACACCCCACAGUUUGCUCUUGACGGAUACAAUGCUGCUCUCAUGCGCGCUCACAGAGAUCCGGUGAUUGGACCCAUCAUCGCAGCAGAGAGUGGCAAGGUUAGGACUGCGCGCAAAAUGAGCACCACAAACAUGAAUAUGGGCUACAUGGAAGAAGGCAAGAAGAGAACUGAAUAA